GCCGGCCCCACGGGCUCCCGGGCCGCGGGGCGGCGCUGGCGCCGCUGCCUCAGGCGGGCCGGGUCGCUCGGCAACGCCGUGGACGCGGCGGGAGCUUGCGGCGGGAGCUUGCAGCGAUGGCCUCCAAGGCGAGCAAGAAGAAGGAGUCCCUGCGCCGCAGCAGCUCUGGGCUCCUGGGCGCCCGCGUCAAAGAGAGGACUAUAUCUUUCCAAAUAGGUGCAGCCGGUGAGUCAAAGAAAGGGAAAUUACCCAUUUGGCCAGAAUGGAAUGAAGCAGAUAUCAAUGCAGAAAAAUGGGAUGCAGGAAAAGCUGGAAAAGAGAAAGAAAAAUCUGGAAGAAGUCCUAUUUUACCUGCCUUUGAGGAUCCUGAAGGGAAAAUAGAAUUGCCACUGUCCUUAAAAGUGAAUUCAUGGAAACGUCCAAGUGAGUUUUUAACAGAUAAGGUUCCCGUGGUAGUCAAAAAUGAAACCACAUUUGACCUUUUUUCAGCAAAUAAGCAUAUAUUUUGCAGCGAGCUGAUGAGAUGGAUUAUAAGUGAAAUUUGUGCAGUCUGGAGGAUAUAUAAUGGAAAGGUUUUAACUAGUGAAACAUCCACACUUUUUUGGAAACCAUGGGAACAUAUUUAUGCCUUAUGUAAAGCUACUAGGGGACACACGCCACUGUACAAUAGCUAUGGAAAAUACAUAGUGAAACUUUUUUGGAUGGGGUGCUGGAGAAAGAUCAUUGUGGAUGACACUAUGCCUUUCAACGAAGAUGAUAAUUUGUUACUACCAGCUACAACCUGUCAAACUGAACUUUGGCCAAUGCUGCUGUCCAAAGCUAUCAUUAAGCUUGCAAAUACUGAUAUAUGUGAAAGUGGAAAAAGAGAGCUAGAGGAAUUUACAGUUUUACAUGCACUGACUGGAUGGAUACCAGAACUUAUUCCUAUCCAGUCUGGUUACUUGGAUAAAGUUUGGGGCUUUUUGAAAGAGAUUGUGCCAGAAUUCAAGCUGCCAAAUGGGAAAACUCCAGAACUUGAUAUUCCUCAGCCACAUAGAAAACCCAAAGAGACCAAAACUUUUGAGUUAAAAAAUGAAAUAUCACCUGGGAAUAAGCAGUCAGAUAAACCUGAGAAAGCAGAGAAGGCUGAUAAAAUUGGCAAAGAAAAAGCAGAGCAGAAAGAAGUUGGAAAGAGGAAAAGCAGAGAUGGAGAAAAAGAAAAAAACAAGCCAUUGCUUCAGUCCUCACGAAUCUCAGCAGAUGUCCAAAGCUCUCUUCAAGCCUCAACUGAAAAUUCCUUAGUGUCAACCCAGCCACAGAUGAUAGUGUAUGCUAGCUGUAUACCACUACAUUUGUUUGAAGAGAAGAUUUUUUCAUUAGGCCAGAUGGCUGAUUCUUCAGAGAAGCUGAGGCAAUAUGGACUUUCCCACCUAUAUAGCCAUCCUGUCCUGGUUACUAGAACUAGGUCCUGCCCUCUGGUAGCACCACCACAACAACCACUGGUUCCUCGCUGGAAGCUUUUCCGUCAGAAAAAAGAAACUAUCGUGACAUCUGAACCUCAAGAACCUGUAAUGAAGAAACCUGAAGAACAUGUUGAGAUUGCUAGCCCAUUUUUGAAUUAUAAAAUCAACAUUCUCAGAGUACCAACAGAUACUCACUUUCCAAAGGCUGCCAUCAAAAAAGGAUUUCAGUCCUUAUGCCUUCUCCCUUCUGUUCCUGAAAAUGAUGAAAAUGAAAAUGACAUUAAUGUGGAUAUGAAUCAAAGUAUGAAAUGCUUAAAAGCAGAAGAUAAUUCUCAGGAGACCUGCUUCUUUCAGCAGCAUAAUGCAGGGAGACCUGCUAAAGAAGAAUUACAUGAGAAUAUUAGUUUUGAUGCAACACAAACGUCAGAAACAGCUGAUACUAGUAUUAACAACCAGAUGGUCAAUAAAUCAAAGGAAGAAAUUGAGUCAGAAAAGAAUUCUGUUUCCAGGGAAACCUGGAUUAGCUUUGAAGACUUCUGUAUUUGUUUCCAGAACCUGCAUGUUUUCCACAAACCACAUACAUAUGCUUAUAACUAUCAAAAGGCAGUUUUUAAGUCUACUGAUGGUCAAGUCUUCUAUUACUUAUUUGUGGACAGUCUGAAGCCCAUUGAAAUCCUGAUUAGCUUUUCCGCAUUAGUACGUUGGGGUGACAUUGGAGGGGAAGGCUCUGAUGUUUCGAAGGGAGUGCUGAUGGUGGAACAUUUCUCUUGGAAACGUGUGGCUCUGGGUCAACUUGUGCUGAAGAUGCAUACAUACACAACCAAGGCUACUGUGUUAAAUCUUCCUGUUGGGCGACAUGUGUUGCUCUUCACUGUAAGUUCUCCCGUAGGACAUCAUAUUCAUCUGUGUAGCAUGGUGCCAUGUGUCUUUGGAGAAGAAGAUACUGUGAUGCCAAAUCUUGAGAAGGAGAGCUACCGGUUUAUAGAACAGGCUACAGCUAUCCUGAAAGCUAUUGGAAAUGUGAUAAAUUAUUUCAGCAGUAAGCCUGAACUUUCUAGAGCUCUGAAGGGGUUGGAACUAACUCACUGUCCUCCUGGCCUCCAGGGUACUAGAAUAGUUGAAGAACACUUCAAGGUUUUCAACAGUGCAUUUUGGUAUUUGAUCAAACAUGUAUUAGGCAACAAGGUUCCUCCCAGUUAUGGAUUUGCUUUCAGGUCCUUCACUUUGGAUUUUAAAGCCACUGAGGUUUCUGAGAAUGAAAGUGUGUCGACAGAGGCUUUUGACAUACCUUUCCUUAGUAGCUGGCAGAACAGAAUUCCCACUUCUGAAGAAGAAGCAGCAGCACUCAAACUUCAAGCGAGCUGGAGAGGGACCUAUGUUAGGAAAGUGAUAAAUGGCAGAAAACCAGGUACUAAAGAAAAUGCUAAUGUCAAAGAAACCUUGCAAAAAUUGUGGGGUCUGAUUGAGUUAAAUUUUGAACGAUGUGCUGUAAUUUUGUUGAGAGAAAUGUUUAAAAGUAACUGUAAGUCAAUUGAAAAGUUUCCUUGUUAUGAAGAUGAAUUGUCCAAGAUUGCCUUUGUUGACUAUGUUGUAACAUAUGCUGAUCAGCCACCAAAUGUUUGGUUUGUGGUUUUUAGAGAGAUAUUUUAUGUUCCAGAAGACAUGCUUAUAGUGCCAAAGAUGUAUACCUCUAUCCCUACCUGUAGACUCCAUGUAACUGAUAAUGACACACUGGAGGAAAUGCCACAUGUCUUUUUCAAAGUGGCACCUCAUGUUUAUCCGAAGAAUAAGAAAGGAUACACUUUUAUGGCUGAAGCACAUACUGGUGACUUAUCUAUGGCAUCUGGGAGAUGGAGGCUCCGACUCAUUGGUUCCCAUAGUCCACUCCCUUUCCUGUCUCGUGAGACUGUAAACAACUUCUAUUCUACUAAAGAAAUUAAAGACUAUUACAUACCCAAUGACAAGUGUAUAAUAUUCAGGUAUUCAGUAAAAGUCACAUCAUCACAUAUUGCUACUGUGCAGGUACAAACCUCUAAAUCUGAUGCGUUCAUUAAACUACAAGUCCUAGAUAAUGAGGAAGAAAUUGUGAGUGCCACUGGAAAGGGACAUGCAGUCAUCCCUGCUUUUAAUUUCUUGAGUAAUGAAAGUCUUUCAAGUUCCUCAUCAAGCAAAGCUCAGCUUAUUCAAAGCAGUACAAGGAAGGAAUCAGAAACUGGAGGAUCCAAAAAAAAAGGUUGUAUUCCAUCUCUGAAGAGUACCAAAAGUUCUCUAAAGCCAGGAUUUGUACAAGAAGGUCCAGCUAUAUUAGAAGAUGAAUCUUUUCUUCUGGCAAGCUUUGAAAAGAAAGAUGAAAGUCCACAGCUAUCUCACAAGUAUAUUAUACAAGCACUGGUGUUAUAUAAUAGUUGGCCACUUACUGAGAGUGAGUUUCUGUUUGUUCAGGAACUGAAAGAAAUGGAGAAAAAUGAAACCAAAGUACCUGGGGAAAAGAAUGAGGAGCACAAUUUUCCCCUAAUGCUUGAUUAUUCUGAAGGACAAAAACCUGCAAGUACUCCUAAACCAAACAGAAAGCCAAAAGAUAAAGUAACUGAGAGGACAGAAAAGUGGAAUAAAGAUAAAGGAUCACCUACAUCUCGAUCUGGAUCUCAGCAAGCUGCUCCAAGCAAACCAUACUGGACCUUACGCCUAGUUAGUGAACAGAGAGAGGCAGAAGUUUUGGAAGUGAAGAAGGAUACCCAGAGAGCAGAUGAGAUCAAAGCCAUGAAACAAGCAUGGGAGUCUGCAGAGCCAGGAAGAGCUAUCAAGGCUUUUCAGGAACGCAUGCAGUUUAUUGACAAGUAUGCUGUGAGAGGUUCAGAGGAGCCCAUAGCUGAGACUGAGAUCAGGAGUUUAACACAUAGUCCAGGAGAAAAAGGUUCUCUUAUCACUGAAAAGAAACCAUCACAAGCAAUUAUGUACUCAAGCUUACAAAUGCAACGAAAGGAAUGGGAGCCUAUAGACUGUAGUGUCUACAUGAGAAAAACAAUGUCUGAGUCUGUUCUAAGAACUGAGUCUAUCAUUCAGCAGCAAGAGAUGCAUAAAGCAGAAAAAAUCAACCAUUUUAGAGAACUUCGAGAGCUGGCUUUGGAAGAAAGAAAAAAAGAACAAAAUGCUAGAACUUUAUUGAAGCAAAAUAUACUUGAAAUGUAUGAGAAUCUGCAGGCAUCCUUAGACGAAACACGAGGCAGAAUUCUCGGUAUUCGGGACGCGUACAGAAGUAAGCUACUCGAGGCUGAGCUCAGGAAACAAGAAGCACUGGCAGCUGGUGAAGCAGUCCUGCAAGCAGAGCAAGAGAAGAAAAGCCCAGAUACACAAAAAAAAAAGCAAGGAAAAGGUUUAGGGGAAAAAAAGUAAUUUUACUUGAGUUGCUGACUGUACUGACUUGUACUUAACUGUUUAGGAAAGAAAAUUUAUAUUCAAAGAUGAAAAAAAUUUCCUUAUUUUCCAGUGUUUUUUGUAAUAAUAAAUGUUAUCUCUUUGCCCAGUUUUAUUGCAAAAUCUGACCAGUAUUCUUUUUAACAGUGUUUGGUAUUUUGCUCUCAUAAAUGGUACUCAGUACUAUUAAAGUUUAUGUGUUUUACUGGAAAUAAAAUUUUGAAUCAAAAAUUCA